CACAUUACAUGGACUUCAUUGCUUACAGCUGUUUGUACAUUGUCGACAAGUUUCGUUUCAGUCGGAAAAAAAUAGAAGUCAUUUCAUCGUACUUUCUAAAUUAAAACUUUUGAUCCACAGUCAGUAUUAUACUGUCCGUCGGAGUAUAAAGUAGUCGAACUUUUGCGUUUCUGAUCAAUGGACAGCAUUUAAAGCGUUUUAAAUGCAAACUAAUAUGUGAUUUCAGAGUGUGGAUUAUUUAUUGAGCCGUUUUAAAGAAAAGUGUUGCACUAUGGCGGAUGGAGCAGUUGUGUUUGGAGCGAGUCUAAACGCAAGUUGUUUGACCUCUCGAGCAAGGAAAGUUAACAACAACAGCAGCAGCACUUCAGUACAGGCGAACAUGAGGAGGAAGACUCGACAGAGCAACAGAAGAGACAUUCACAGCCGGGUUGUCUUGGAGAAGGUCCUGGGCAUCACUGCCUCCAGCAGUAGUGCUUUAACCUGUGACCCCAACACGGGUUUGGUGGCUUAUCCUGCAGGUUGCGUUAUUGUCAUCCUGAGCCCACAGAAGAACAAGCAGACUCACAUAUUUAAUACCUCCAGGAAAACCUUCAGUGCCUUGGCUUUCUCGCAGAAUGGAAAAUAUUUGGUCACUGGUGAGAGCGGGCACAUGCCCUGUGUGCGGGUGUGGGACGUGGCAGAGCGGAUGCAGGUGGCAGAGGUCCAGUGCCAUAAGUAUGGGGUGGCGUGUGUGGCAUUCUCCCCCAAUGGGAGCUAUAUAGUGUCUGUGGGAUACCAGCACGACAGGACCGUCAGCGUCUGGGAGUGGAAGAAGGGGACUGUUAUCGCAUCCAAUAAGGUGUCCAGCCGUGUGCUUGCUGUAUCUUUCUCAGAGGACAACAGCUACUUUGUAACCGCAGGGAACAGACAUGUUAAGUUCUGGUACCUUGAUGCCUCAAAGGAAAGACGGGUGAACAGCACAGUGCCUCUGAUUGGUCGCUCAGGGUUGCUCGGGGAGCAUCAGAACAGUCAGUUCUGUGGUUUGGCGUGUGGCCGUGGCUCUAUGGCCAGCAGCACCUACUGCAUCACACACACGGGUCUGCUGUGCCAGUUCAACAGCAACCGACAGCUGGAUUCCUGGGUUGAUCUCAAGACGACAUCUGCACAGUGCUUAUCGGUGAGUGAGACAUUUGUUUUCUGCGGUUGUGCUGAUGGCACAGUGCGCGUGUUCAGCCCUCAGGACCUGCAUUACGUCACCACUCUACACCGGCCACACUGCUUGGGAGUAGAUGUGUCUCAGGGCACACAGCCUGGGCAUUUGUUCGGUGCAAACCCAGAAGCACAGUAUCCAGAUACCCUGGCUUUAACAUUUGACCCUGUGACCAGGCACUUGACGUGUGUGUAUAAUGACCACAGUGUGUACGUAUGGGACGUGCGGGACAUUCGAAAUGUUGGGAAGGUCUAUUCAGCUCUGUACCACAGCGGAUGUGUGUGGAGUGUGGAGACCUACCCUGAGCUUGGAGAUUUAUCAGGAUGUCUGUCGCCUGGCUCUUUCCUCACAUGUUCAUCUGAUAACACCAUCCGCCUGUGGAAAAGUGAGUCCCCGCAGAGUCACGGCUCAGGACUUGGCUUUCGCCACAACCUUUACAGCCAGGACAUCGUAAGGAUAGUAUAUGUGGACGAUGACAUGCAGUACCUCAAAGCUGAGGCUGAGAAAGUUGAGGGAGGAAGCCAGGAUGGUAAAUCUGGGAUCAGGGUGCUGGGAAUCAGCCCAGAUGGCCAGCAUUUGGCUGCCGGAGACCGCAGUGGAAACCUGAGAAUCUUCGGCUUGCACUUCAUGGACGAACUGCAGAAAAUCGAGGCUCAUGAUUCGGAGGUCUUGUGUCUAGCCUUCUCUCCUAAUGAGACCGGUUUGCAUCUGUUGGCUACUGCAAGUCGUGAUCGGCUCAUUCACAUCUUUGACAUGGAAAACAAAUGCAACCUAGUGCAGACGGUUUACGAUCAUUCGGCCUCCAUCACUGCCAUCAAAUUCACAGAUCUGAGUUCAGAGUUGUGUAUGGUCAGCUGUGGAGCUGACAAGAGCAUCUAUUUUCGAUCUGCUGAGAAGACGUCGGAGGGCUUGAUCUUCUCACGAUCACAUCACAUAGUGGAGAAGACCACACUGUAUGACAUGGACCUGGAUGCCACACGCACACACACGGCCAUUGCGUGCCAGGACCGCAACAUUAGAGUGUACAAUGUGAGGAGUGGCAAGAUGAAAAAGUGUUUCAAGGGCUCCCUGAAUGAUGAUGGGACACUGCUCAAGGUCCAGUUGGAUCCCUCUGGGAUGUUUCUAGCCACCAGUUGUUCAGACAAAAAUAUCUGUAUCUUUGACUAUGAGUCAGGCGAAUGUGUGGCCACCUUAUUUGGACAUUCAGAAAUUGUUACAGGUAUGAAGUUCAGCCAGGACUGCAGGCAUCUGAUCACUGUAUCUGGUGACAGCUGUGUGUUUGUGUGGCGGCUGGACUCUCAGAUGACCAACUCCAUGAGGAAGAGGUUAGCAGAGAGGAAGCAGCAAGCAGGCCUGAGGGUUCAACGGGCCCCCAGCAAACAAGAAGCCAUCAGGAGAGAGACUUACAUCGCUGUGCCCUGUAGUGCACUGCCUCACAUGGAGGAGGAAGAGGAGGACGGCUUGAUGCCAGAGGAGAAUCCAGAAGAUUGUGUGGAGGACUGCAGAACUCCAGACAGACUCGACUCCACCGAUGCAUCUCUGGAUUCUGUGGUGCUCCAAACCAAUGGCAAAAUGCCCAUGUGGGUGCGCAGACUGGGUGGAGGAGGUGAAAAUGAUGGUAGUGGCAUAGAUAAUCGAGCUCAGUACCAGCCACAGGGACGCUGGGCAGUGCAGUCCGAUCCACUAGCCAUCCGCACGGUACUGGAGAUGAAGAGCAUGCAGCUUCCCCUCUCACACACUCCCAGCAGAGCCGUGGGAGAAGAAGAGCUUGAGGAAGACUCCCGCUUUCACCCGCAGAGUUUGGACAGUCUGUUGGAUGAAGAUGUCGAAGAUGAUGAUCUAGAGGAAGAGGAAAAGACUUGCAGUGUUUCCAGAGAUGGGUUUAGCUCUUCGCUCCAAGGGCCAGAUUUUCUGCAGUUGCCACAUGGAGAGGAGAACUUCAAUCCAGAGCUCAGCUCACCAGAGAAGACUGGAUACAUUUUAUACCCAGCCAACAGCACUGCUCUGUCCACUGGAGAAGGAGAGUUUGAUGUUAAAGCUCUAUGUGAGGGGGCAGGUGGUGACCCUGAGGAAGAGGAGCUGAGCCCAGAUAGUGCUUGCUCGGCUGAGAGCCCAGCCUCCCAUAGCGACCAGCCUCAUGACCAGGACACAGACUCCCUCAGUCAGGUGAGCUCCACAGGAAGCUCAGGAGUUGAAGAGGAGGAGGAUGAAGAAGAAUCUGGAACUCUGCUUCGCCAACAUUUCGACACACUGGGUGUGGCUGGUAAUGAAAAGUUCAACACAGACUUGAGCAGUCUGCAGCCCAGCUCAGAGAGUAACUUCCUCAAUCCUCGUCUCAGUAUCUCCACACGCUUCCUCUCCCGCUUUCAGAGCCGUUUCCGCACUAUAGGGACUACUAGCAGUGCUGUUUGCCGGCCUGCAGCCUGCCUGCCCAGUAUACCUGAUGAGUCCAGUGAUAGCUGUCAAACUCUCGAUGUAACAAUGGACAAGUCAAAGCUUCUUUCAAACAACAGUGGAACCAUUGAGGAGAACGAGAAAAGUGUUACAAAGAAACGUUCCUCGAUGGCUGCUCGGAAAUCUUGCCAAAACUUAUCUGUGUUACGCUGGAAAAAUGCUCUGGGAGAAAUCUCAAACAAAACCAUUAAUUCCAAAGCUCAUAAUAUUGUCAACGCUACAGCAAUUCUUGCCACCAAAUCUGCCAGCAACACAAUUGAUGCAUCUGUUACACGUUCCCGCCAAAGCUACAUGGGUCCCACUGCAAGCUCCCGCGCUAAGAUAGCGCAGAGCAACUCUGUGGAGAGUCUGAACAUGUGUGCGUCAGAGGAAAUGCAGCUGAACGCCCCAUCCUCGUUGCUGGACCCAACUGUAGAGCAAAGCAAAGAGAACAUUAUUCCACCUUCCUCUUCAGUUCUUUCCUCGGUACAGGCUCAUCCGACUCCUGCCUUGGGAAACCACAGUGCCCGGGCAGCGCUUCGAUUAGACCUUGUUGGCCCCAGUCGUGCCAGUCUGUCACCUGUUUCGCUCAAGAGCCGUCUAGGGAAAGUUGAACGUCCCGCGUCUCCACAUCGACAGGCUUUGGUGACGCCAACAGAGAUGCGGUCACUGGGGAAAGAGUGUCGGAAGCAGAUCAUUAAUAUUGAGCAGAGUUUGGCUCCUAAGACUUCAAGCAGGUUCUCAACAGGGUCUGAAAUGUUUGCCAGGAAGCCCACAGUGUCAGAAACCAGUCAUACGGUGGUUGAAGACCUGCAGUUUACGGGGUCAUGUGAGAAUAUACAAACCUCCGGUCAGAUUUCAGUAACUCCAGACAGAGAGGAUUCUACAGAAAACCGCUGCCUUGAUGAAGACACAGGUCUUUCUGCAGGAUCCAGUGUCCAGAUGUGCAAGGAGAUGGUGAAUGAACUCUGGCACACCAUCCAUAAAGCAACUGGCUUUUAUAGCAAGUUGUGCUCCAUCCCUGAGUUGUCGGAGCAGCAGGAACAGAUGAAGAGUAUUUUGCAGGAGGUGUUUGUGGGUGUACAGAGUGAGCUACACUCCCUGUGCCCACAGGAGACAAGCCCCUCGGCCCAGAGCGCCCGUCCCAUACCAGAAGACUCUCCCGGCCGUCAGCUCCGGGACGACAGGACCGUGGCCCUCCUGGAGAAAUACUCCGAGAUGCUCUUACUGCGAAUGACUGAAAAAGGAGCACAGGCUACUCUGGAGUAACGGCUCACAAAAUGAACUUCUAACGCCAUACCCCCAUAAGCACCUUUAAAUUUAAUGUCUUGCAUUUGUUUUAUGCUUUUAAAUAAACAUGUAAAUGCAUAUUUGGAACUUUUUGUAAAACUGGCAGUUUGAGUUGUCUUUAUACAAUGUUUUUUUUUAACACUACAUUUCAAUACCAGAGUGUAUUUGGUCACCUACACUUUAAUUAUUUUUAUCCUUUAAAGAUUUAUCAAGGCAAACUCUUCAGGACCUUUUUUCCCUUCGAAUUGUUUCUUUUCCACAUUUCAUGUACAGUUUUGAAACAGUGUUACUUUUGGAAUACAAACAGUUGAAUUAUGUACUGAGUUUUGUGUUGAAGUUCUUGAUGUUUGAUGCUUUUUUUUUUUUUUUUUUUUUUUUAGUUUUCCACCAUUUCACGCAGACUAACGACGAGGUUUUCCUUAUGUUUUGGAUAGUGACGUGUAGAUGUUUCCCAAAGCAUCAGGCUGUGACUCACAAUUUGCUUUCCACUGGUGUGCUGCUUAUGCUUUGUCAUGUUGAUGUGCAAUUCUUUUUUUUUUUCUUCUUUUUUUUCCUUUUCACUGAAAAUGUAUAGUUGACUUUUUAGGAGAGCUUUGUAAAUAUGUUUUAGUCAGCCAUUUACACUAUUUUAAUAUUAAACAUUUAAAUAUGA